AUGCUGAAACGAUUGAUAGUUGUUGCAUUUUAUUUCACGAAUUUUGUUUUUUUGAUUACGAAUGCCACUGAAACGGCGUACACUUUUGAUCUCUGUCGACCAGAACCGGUCUACCAAUUUCAUGAUCUAACGGGUGAUUUCCUUGAAAGCAUCAAUGAUACAGUUCUCUAUCAUUUGAAUUCAACGUCGUGUAAGAGAGAAAUAACUGGCUUCUAUCAAGAAAGCGUUAACGGCUAUGAAUUUGAGGUGUUUGAAGGAGGAGGGAUGACUGGAACGAACAUCAAUAUGACAGAAUACCUUGGUGGCACAAAAUUCACACAUGAUGCUGGAGAGAUCAGCGUUCGAAUCAAAUUAACCGGCAACCCAAUCAUAUCGUUUCACAUGCUUUUCACAGCAAUUGAAGGAUCCGUGCAAUUCUUUGGUGGAUCUUACUAUCACACGAAUGGCGAGUUGCUGUCGAUCCUAAAAUACGAUCCAAGUCCAAUCGUUAUCUACAUGGGUCAUUCGAGCUAUCAAAUCGAGAACGGGAUUGGUCUCGAGUACUCUGGAGAUCUCAAGUUCGAAAUGUACCACGGACUGAGCUUGGAUCAAAAUGAUCUCAUUUAUGGUGAAAACCUGACAGCUACAGGCUGCACAGCUCAAAAUAUUCGCCCUCGAUUUGUUUAUGGAAGCUAUGUGGUUUUGAAAUUACUGAAAACGACCGCCACUGGAACGAUCAAGUACACCCACAAGACGAAUUCAAACUAUAUGAUGAUGAGUAUCCCAAUGACCGCGACGAACUCAUUGGAGACUCCACCUUGUCCAAAAGUCAACAAAGCUCAAUUGCACGAGUGUAGUUACACGUUGAGCUAUGGCGGCUCAGGAAAUCGUCGAGCUAUUGGCAUGGACCUUCUCGCUCCAAUCAGAACCGAUUCAUACCUACAAAUUAUGGAGUACAAUGGAGAGACUCUUCUCAGUGACAAUACGUACUACUCAAACUCAAGUUACUGUGGCUUCAUGACAAAUGCCACAUCAGCAAUCGUGAAUUAUUAUUACCAGUGCAAGCCGGACACCCUAACGCAAAGGGAAUUCUUUUUUCAGUAUCGUGUAGGCGAUGAGAUCCCUGAUGGUGAUAAAGCUGGUGGCUCGAUCUCGUAUCUCAUUUCAUUGGUGCUAUUUUUUGUUCUCGUUUCGAUUUAU